CUAGUUAUUUUCACGUCACGAAUGACACGUGUAUUCAAGAUGGCCGCCACGGCGAUGGAGACGUGGUUGGCCCUUUUGCUGUUGUCCAUGUUGCCUGGAGGAGUCCAGGCCUUUUACGUGCCUGGAGUUGCGCCAAUGAACUUCCACCAGAACAGUGCUGUAGAGAUUAAGGCCGUGAAGCUGACCAGCUCCCGGACUCAGCUUCCCUAUGAAUACUACUCCCUGCCCUUCUGUCAGCCUGACAAAGUGGUCUACAAAGCGGAGAACCUGGGUGAGGUGCUACGCGGGGACCGUAUUGUCAACACCCCUUACUCGGUACUCAUGACCCAGGACAGGAAGUGUGAGGCGGUUUGUGCCAAGCUGAAACUCGACGUGCAGCAGAGUAAGCUGGUGGCUGAGCGAAUCCAAGAUGAAUACUAUGUUCACCUCAUUGCAGACAACCUCCCAGUGGCCACGCGGCUGGAGUUCUACCCCAACAGAGAGGCAGGGGCUGAGGAGAAGGAUAUGGUGAAGGAUGUUCAGUUUGAACACGGCUACAGGUUGGGCUUCACUGAAAACAGCAAGUUCUACCUACACAACCACCUGUCCUUCAUCAUCUACUACCACAAGGAGAAGGUGGAGGAGGAGGAGGAGCAUAACUACAGAGUUGUACGUUUUGAGGUGGUUCCCCAGAGUGUCAAGGUGGAGGACCUGAAGGCUGAUGAUAAGGGGGCGUGUACCCUGCCUGAGGCCACUAACUCCGCUCCUCAGGAGAUUGACCCCUCCAAGGAGAAUGAGGUUCUCUUCACCUACUCCGUCCACUGGGAGGAGAGCCAGGUGAAGUGGGCAUCCCGCUGGGACACCUACCUGACCAUGAGUGACGUGCAGAUCCACUGGUUCUCCAUCGUCAACUCAGUGGUGGUGGUCUUCUUCCUCUCCGGCAUCCUCAGUAUGAUCAUCAUCAGGACCUUGAGGAAGGACAUCGCCAACUACAACAGAGAGGAUGACAUAGAGGACACCAUGGAGGAGUCAGGCUGGAAGAAUGUCCAUGGUGACGUGUUCAGACCUCCACAGUAUCCCAUGAUCCUCAGCUCUCUGCUGGGCUCAGGCAUACAGCUCUUCUGCAUGAUCCUCAUCGUUAUCUUCGUGGCCAUGUUGGGGAUGCUGUCUCCUUCCAGUAGAGGGGCCCUGAUGACCACUUCCUGUUUCCUGUUUAUGUUCAUGGGUGUGUUCGGUGGAUACUUUGCUGGCAGGCUCUACCGCACGCUGAAAGGCCAUCGGUGGAAGAAGGGAGCUUUCUGUACGGCCACUCUGUACCCUGCCGUAGUGUUCUGCAUCUGUUUCGUUCUCAACUGUUUCAUCUGGGGAGAACACUCGUCUGGAGCGGUCCCCUUCACCACCAUGCUGGCUCUACUGUGCAUGUGGUUCGGUAUCUCCAUGCCCCUGGUGUACCUGGGCUACUACUUUGGCUUCCGCAAGCAGCCGUACGAUAACCCUGUCCGCACCAAUCAGAUCCCUCGCCAGGUGCCCGAGCAGCGCUGGUACAUGAACAAGUUUGUGGGAAUCCUAAUGGCUGGGAUUCUACCGUUUGGUGCCAUGUUCAUUGAGCUCUUCUUCAUCUUCAGUGCCAUCUGGGAGAACCAGUUCUACUACCUGUUUGGUUUCCUCUUCCUGGUGUUCAUCAUCCUGGUGGUGUCCUGCUCCCAGAUCAGUAUCGUCAUGGUCUACUUCCAGCUCUGUGCAGAGGACUACCGGUGGUGGUGGAGGGCCUUCCUGGUAUCAGGGGGCUCAGCCUUCUACGUCCUUGUUUACGCCAUUUUCUACUUUGUCAACAAGCUGGACAUUGUGGAGUUUAUCCCUUCCCUGUUGUACUUUGGUUACACGGCUCUCAUGGUCCUGUCCUUCUGGCUCCUUACGGGGACAAUCGGCUUUUACGCAGCGUACAUGUUCAUACGGAAGAUCUACGCUGCCGUCAAAAUCGACUGAGUUUGUUUCAGCUGUAUUUUUUUUGUUGUUGCCACAUUCUUUUUCAUUUUUUAAAUUGUAUACUUUAUGUCGAGCAAACACUGACUUGUGUGUAUGGAAGCAAGGAAGCGUGAGGUGGUGUUUGUGGAACAGUGCCCCCCCAUUGGCAUGGAGCGAGAACAGCAACAUGUCGCUGCCUGCAAACUCAACGAUCUCCCUCCCUCCGUUAUUGGAUGUCCACAGAGACACAGCGAGAUUUCCUCUGGGACAGUCAAUGUUUCCUACUGUGUUUCACCGUGUACACACCAUGGGCCAAAGCAUGUCAAAUGAAACGGUCUCUGUAUGUUUUACGGUCUGCUUUUGGAGAUGGGCAAGCCUGGGUUGCCCGGGAGGACUCAGAAUUGCAUUGGUUCAGAACUUCACGUUAUCGUUUUAAAAUCAGUUCCCUGUAAGAUAUUUUAGUCUGACUUCUUUCACUCUCUCUCUGUAAAGUUAGUUUAUUUUCUUUAUUCCAGAUACUUUUAUGAUCAGAGGAUGGUUGGGAGGUCACACUUGUAAUGUUGCUAAUAAGUUGUUCUUUAUUUGCUCUGAAAUUAUGCUGGGAAAUGGAAAUCUAACAUUGGAACAGGCAAGGAUAUUCAGAUAUUUUUACUGCAGUGUUUCCUGAUGUGACCAUUUCAGCCACAACUAAAAUCAUAAUCUCAAUUUGUCUCUCACAUUGAGGCAACAGAUUGUCUAAAAUGUAUCUUAAAGCAACUUAAUUUCAAUGUGUAGAAGCAUAAUUUAAUUUUCUCUUUAAAUACUAUUUACAUGAAUGAAUGAAUGAAUUAAUUAAUGUGCUAGGGAGGCCAAUUUGGCUUAAGGUGGUUGAAAUAGUAAAUGUUAUGGAAUGAAAGUAAAUGUCUAUGAAAAUUAGUAUUCUCAUCUUCAAAUCACCUUUUAUAGUUUCUGGGUGUUAACCUAGGAGAAACAACGUGUUUAAAAUGGUUGGACACAUUGCCUAGCAAUGCAAUGUAAACUGCUCCAUGGUCCCACUGAACUAUGCAUUUUUUUGGAAAAGGUUGAGACUGCUCUUUGGUUUCAUAAAGGUCAUGUUAAAUGUUUUGAGUUUAGUGUCAGUGAGACACUGCUAUUCUAACAGAAGUUAUCUAUCGGUUAUCUCUGAGCAUCAAUGUCUUCUAGGAUUGGCUUAGAAACAAGAUUCUGUAAUUGAGCAUCUAAAUGGAGUACAGUUGUUUCCCCAUAAACAACGAGCCAAGUCAGUGCUGUAUAAGAUCGACAAUGUGGUUUAGAUUGUCGAUAGGCUGACAUAUAGUACCUUUAUGAACCUGUUGUAUUGUCUGAAUGGGCUGAUUGUUCACUGGGUUUACUCUCUGUUACCCAGAGUUAGAAUUCUCCGCGAGUGGUUCACAUCGUCUUGUAGCUGUAGUUGCUCUGAUUGUGGAGACUGAAAUGCUGAAGAUCCUGUAUGUUAAAACACUGUCCUUACACAGCAGAAAGUGGGGUGAAGGGGAUUCAAAACAUUAAAGACCUUUCUGUCCUGGG